ACGACGAAAUAUCGCGUGACUUCCAUUACCGUCGAGAGGGGUUGAUGCGAGGAAGUGGAAAUCAAAAUGAUUGAUGAAGCUUUUUAGAAAAACACAUAACAAGCGAUGUUUACUUUCACCAACUGUCGACCUAUCGAGUAGAACGCGAGAGAAACAACCAAGCCAUACGCUACCGUUCGGCUACCCCCAACGAGCACGGUAUAAGGCAGCCCAAGGGAAUUUUUACAUUUCCGAUAGCUGUUUUUGCUAAAUAUGCUAACGCUAGCGUUAGCUUUGUUUACAUCAAGCGCGCGCCAGGGCUGACUUGCUAGCUUACUUGCUAACCAAGCAAUAUAUCCACUUUAGUAAAACUCCGACGUAUAUAUUAUUCAACAACAAAGAGUCAUCUGGAACGUGACUAUAUUAAUUCCAUGGCCGUGUUGAGACUUUCGUGCGAAGCGUUUAGCUGACACCGCGAGCUAGCUACGCAAUGCCAACCGUCCCUUUGACGAUGGCUCCGUUUACGUUCGCUGUUAAUGUCGAGCGGCGCUACGGAUAAUGUGAGCUAAUUAUGACAACAUCUAAGUGACUUCAACAGGUACUUUUUUGCAUCAGAAGGAUCUCUUGAAGCGAAGCUCAAAUAAAAGGGGGACCGGCGAUGCUAACGCUAAGCUAGCCACCUGCUGAGCUAGCGUGCAGCGAUCACCGCGUUAGCAUGCUAGUUCCCACACGAUUGUGACACGAAACGCUCAAGUGAGUGCCUGCUGUUUAUUUUUUUUAUUUCUUCCCAUCCACCCCGAUACUGGACUAGCUUUAAAGCCGGCAGUGAGUGUGUGAAUAUUUGACUUCCGGAGGUGGCGAUGAACCCAGUCAACGCGGCCGCCCUGUACGUGUCCGCCAGCCGGGCUGUGCUGCAGUGUGACCCGCGGCAGCCGCACACUUUCUCCGACAUGUACACCCUGCUGCCCUUCUUCCGCCAGUCGCUUGCAUGCCUCGUCUGUGGUAAGCUGCUGCAGGAUCCCAUCUCUCAGAUGCAUCCCGAGUGUCAGCAUUAUGUGUGUUUGGGCUGCAAAGGCCAGAAGAUGCAGAUCAGGCCGUCGUGCAGCCGCUGUAAGGACUAUUCCGGCUUCCAGGAGAACAAGCAGCUCUCCCUGCUGGUGCAGCUCUACAGGAAGCUCUGCUUCUAUGUCACACACUCGCCUCUGCUGCAGUCCAUCAGUAGCCACGCCGGCGGCAACCCCGAGGUCAUGGCCCUGCUGGAGGAGGCACUCACGUCGCACGACCAGGAGAUGGAGGACGCCGGCCUGGAUGAGCCAGAUCACUCCGCUGUGGAGUCCCUGACCCCCACGGAGGCGCCGCCCGUUCCCGCCGAGCUCUCGGCUGUGCCGCAGAGCUCCUCGUCUGACCCGCCUUUCUCCAACGGACCGCAGGAAUGCAACGGAGAACUCCUGGAGAGCCUGGAUCCCUCCUCUCCUGAGCUGGAAGUGUGCGAGCUGAUUGAGGAGCAGCCCCCGGUGGGACUCUCCGUGUCCGACACCGCGACCCUGGAACUGAGUCUGACCACUGGACCCUUUGCCCCCACUACGGGCACCGUGUGCUCACUCAGGGAUGGGGACUUGGGCAGCAGGGAGCUGGAGGAGGGCGAGGUGCUGCUCCUCAGCGUGGAGGAGGUCCUACAGACGCUAGAUCCCCUGCAGCCCGGCCCCGACGCUCCUCACGUGCCGCCACAGAGGACACACACUCACACGCACAUAUCCACGGACAGAACGCAAAUGUACCUGCAGCUGGAGCCAGCGCACAACUACACACAGGUGCAAACAGAUAGGACUCACAGCCACGGAGCCCCCGCAUACUCCUCUGCCUCAUUUGCUCCACCUGUGGCUUGCAAACCGCCACCCGUGCGCCUUAAACGCAAGCGAUCGCGGUCAGAGAGCGACAGGGAGAAGGUGAAGCCCCUCCCCAUCGCCUCCAUCCUGCAGGGCUCGUCCUUGCCCGUACCGACGCAUCACGCCACUCACGCCCUGCACGCUCAGCACCCCCCUGCCACGCCCUCCUUAAUCGCACCAGCGCACACCUACUCCUCCCUCCCGCUUAACGGGGCGCCCCCCAAGAGCAGCCGACCCGCCCAGAACCACAACAAAGGGCCCCGCAAGCACGGCGACCUGGGCGGCAAGAAGCCGCACGCAAAGGCGCGCUCCAGCGGCGGCGCCAAGAGCAAGGAGCGCAGCAAAGACCAGCGACUGCAGCUGUCCAGCUGUCUGGUGCCCCCGGCCCAGGUCAGGCCCCCCUACAAGAAACCUGUGGAGAAGAAAGGCUGCAAGUGUGGCCGCGCCACCCAGAACCCUUCUGUGCUCACCUGCAGGGGGCAGCGCUGUCCUUGUUACUCAAACCGCAAGGCGUGCUUGGACUGCAUCUGCCGCGGCUGCCAGAACUCCUACAUGGCAAACGGCGAGAAGAAGCUGGAGGCCUUCGCCGUGCCCGAGAAGGCGCUGGAGCAGACGCGUCUCACGCUGGGCAUCAACCUCACCAGCAUCACGGCAGCAGCGGCGCUCCGCAGCCCGGCCGGGAGCAGCAUCCGGGCCAACACCCUUCUCAACGUCGCCACGGCCACCGGCACCCCCGUCACCACCGCCUUCCUGUCACCCAGCCCGCCGCGGGACCCCUCCUAUGAGGACAGCCUGGAGCUGCUUAUCGGCUGAAAGGCGGGGGACUCCUUUGUUUUUUUUUUUGUUUUUUUUUAAACGGGAGAACUCUCGGUGCUGAUUGAAUGUUACUUACACAGCCUGCACCUCCCCUCCCUGCCUGAAGGGGGCGUGGGAGGCAUCCAUGGCAGCUAUGGCUUGUCCUGUCAUCUGCUGCUCUUCUUCUUCUUCUUCUGAGUAGUGAGACUAGCAUGGGUGUGCCAAAGCCUCCUGUAUUGUGCCUGUGUGUGCGUGCGUGCGUGUGUGUGUGUGUGUGUGUGUCGUCUGUAGUUAAUGGUUAUCCUAGAGGUGCUUUAGUUUUCUUUUUUUUUUUUUUUUUAGUUUUUUCUCCUCACAGGCUACCGUAGGAGGCAGAAGGACCCUCACACCAGGUGUCAUUGUAGGGCUGGACUUUUCCAGUGCAUCCAUGUCAUCACAGCACUUGACUGACCCGCAAGCACUUAUUGUCAUUUAUUAUAACGAGCAUUGGUUACCAGAGCAAUAGCAACACACACACACACACACACACACACACACACAGCUGUUUACAGUACUUGCCUCUAAAUGAUUACACUGCAAUGUUUUUUCCAGCACGAGAUUGUACACCGCUGUGUGUCUGUAGAUUCAACUCAAGCCAUACAUGAGUUAAGACACCGCUAUGUUGUUGCGGCACGGCCGUAAGACCGCCACAUGUUUUUUUUUUUAUGUCUGCCAAGAGAUUUGGUACCAUUUUUCUGUUUUAAAGCACCUCCAGGUUGUUUGUUUGUGUGUGUGCGUCUUGUCGUCUUCACUGUAACCGCUACAUGUGACGGUCCCAAAAAAAAAAAGACUGUAAAUGAGCGACAGAGUGAGGACUCUUGCUAUAGAGCAUCUUCGUUCUCUACUUACAAGACGUAGCUGAUCAGCAGAUUUAAUGUAAUCUACCCAUAUGUGUGUCUGUGUGUGUGUGUGUUUGUGUUUCUUUUUGGGCAUUACUUGAACCCCCACAUCCCCCCAGGUUUAGUUUUUAGAUCUUUUUUUUUUUAUUGCUAAAAACUCUUUUUGUUCAAGGAGUGCUGAAACAUUCACUGCCAUAAUAUGGAAACAUGUCAUGCAAACGGGAAUUAAAUGAUAGUUUUUUACUUUUUCAGUCGAGCGUCUCUGUGUACACGUUGUUUUCAUGCGCAGCACACAGGUGCGCAUUUGCAAAAUGAGACCUAAACACCACACCUCAAGUAUAUAGUGAUAAUAGCAAUAAAUGUCUACAUUCAAAGAGACCGGAGAACAUUUGGUGACCGCUAAACAUGCUUGUAAAAACUAGUUUGAUGCCAUGCCUCCGUUAAAUCUCUGCAUCCAUUUGAAUGAAUAAAUGCCGUGCCUCAAAUAGAUGCGUAAAUUGCCCAUGUGUAAAUUCUAAAACAUUGGAGAAAGGUUGGUGACCACUAAACAUUGUAACACUGCUCUAAUUGAUGCCAUACCCCACACAAAUCUGUGGAUACAUCCAUUUGAAUAAAUAAAUGCCACACCUCUGCUAAACAUGGUGGAUAAAAAAUAGAAAAGAGGUCCUUAAUUGGUGGCCUCAGCUCUGUUAGCGCCACGCCUCAAUUAAAUGGUUGUUUGCAUGCAUUUGAAUCAAACACUGCACCUCAAACAGGUGUGUAAAUUGGUCAUGUGUAAAUUUAAAAAACCUGAAGAAACGUUGGG